UACUGACAGUAUACAUUUUGAGUUUACUUCACUUUGGUAUCAACAAAUGCAUUUGUUUGAAUUAUUUGAGCUCUAGAUCCGCGUUGCUUUGCAAUUCAGAUUUCUUGUACAUGAUUGUGUUCCUGAUGAGAACAGACGUAGUGUACUGCUAGUUUUUUCCCCGAAAAGAACAGCCAAGAACAAACAGAAAUUGUGGCUGAAUAGAUCAAUUACGUUGUGUUGCACAAUAAAACUUCAGGCCGAGUCUUUGGCGUGCUGUAAAUCUGUCUGUGGUCUAAGGCGGUGAAAUGUUCAGCGUUGAGUCUAAAAAGCAAGCAGCUCAUAAUGAUAGCAUAUGGAGUGUAGCUUGGCAAAAGAGUGUACGAGACAACUGUGACUAUGUCGUGACUGGAUCAGUGGAUGACAAAGUCAAGUGCUGGCAGUGGAAAGGCAAUGACCUAGUGCUGCGGCAUUCCUGUGAAGGGCAUCAGCUAGGUGUUGUGUCGGUCGUCAUCAAUCAUUCUGGAACAGUCUGUGCUAGCAGUUCACUGGAUUGCUUCAUCAGACUGUGGGAUUUGGAGAGUGGAAAGCAGAUUAAAGCUAUCAAUGCUGGACCAUCGGAAUUAUGGACCCUGGCUUUCUCUCCUGAUGGCCGCUUUCUGGCCAGCGGCAGUCAUUCGGGCAAUAUCAACUUGUUUGGUGUAGAGAGCGGUCAACGGGAAACUUCACUUGAUACACGCGGCAAGUUCAUUAUGAGUGUGGCUUAUAGUCCUGAUGCUCGUUUGCUGGCAUCGGGUGCAGUAGAUGGCCAGGUCAAUCUCUUUGACAUGGGUACUGGACGCUUGCUGCACACGCUGUCCGGACACUCUAUGUCAGUGCGGUCACUUGCAUUCUCUCCGGACUCCAAGACUCUAGCCACUGCAUCGGAUGAUGGAUAUGUCAAACUCUAUGAUGUGCAAAAUGCAACGCUGAGCGCAUCCAUCUCAGCACACAGUUCCUGGGUACUCGGUGUUCAGUUUCAUCCAGAUAACCUACACUUUGCUACCAGCUCUAGUGACAAAACAGUGAAGAUCUGGGACAUGAGCACCAAGAAAUGCUUGCACACCUUCCAGGAACAUUCAGAACAGGUAUGGGGUAUUGCCUUCAAUGAUACUGGCGACAAGCUGGUCUCGGUGUCUGACGAUCGGUCAGCUCUUGUGUACAAUUGCCCAUUGGUCUGAUCGCUACCAUCGCUCUGAGUUUGUUCACGAGCGUGAUUCUUAGCUCGGCCCCUCCACGUGCUGGGCAGUGUUCUGUUCUGCUCUGCGUCCUGCGCAAGGAGUGAUGUGCAGGCUUUCAUCAUCUUCUCCGCCGCCUUGCUCAGCACAGUAUCCUGCACAGACCCCGUACAGACGCACCAUGCCACUCGCUCGCAUACAGCUCCUAUCUUGUGUUGGUCUUGCCUGGGCCCAUGCUGUCCCGUCCAUGAUCAUGAGAGCAAGUGAAGCACUUGACUAAACUUCUCUGUUCUUGUUGAAAGAAGCCUGAUCUGUGUACAUACUCUCUUUGUUGGUGGAAAUUAUCAUUGUUAAAUUCAACUUUAGGUACAUGCAUUGCAUGGGUCCUUCAAAACAUGAAAAUCAUACUACUUUUGUCAACUAGGCAUUUUGACUUUUAUAUUUGCUUAUUUCAUCGCUUUCUCUAUUGUUUCUGGCUAUGCUGAAGAAAAUGUCCUGUUCUGCAAUGGCUAUUCA